AGCUGGUUUCCUAAGACGGCCUGGCUGGCCAACUUUCCCAUGGGGAUCUCCAAGCAUCAGCAGAUGUGGAGCCAGGAAGGUGGGAGGGGGCCCUUCUGAGCAGAGUCUGCCCAGAGGCCCAAAGGUGUCAGCUCGGCUGUCUCCACCAUCACCUAGAUUAUGAAAUGCCCUGGGGCAGGGCCCUCCUGAGUCACACACUCACCAGGUGCCUGAGUGGAAGCUCUUAGCUCUCCUCGCACGGAGACAGGCUUGGGAGAGGAAGGGAUAUGUCAGUCAGCUGGGCAUGGUGAUGUGGCUGGGACCCAACCUCCUGAGGCCCAGCAUGUGCUUUAACCGAGAGACCACAGGUGCCUUCCUCCUGACUGGACUCAGCCACAGGAAGAAGCGGCUAAGAGCCCAGCUCGGGUGGGAAGGUCAAGGAGGGGCUGGAGGACAGAGUUUGACCACAGACUUCAUGUUUUCCUCCAGCCUCUGCAGAAAGGUCCAGGGCAUGCCCCUGGGAGUGACAGACAUUCUGGUUGGUGAGGUCAGUCCCCUCAGGCCUCCGCUGGGAGUUUCCCAUCUUCCUCCCUGACUUUGUCCCUCUGCAGGGGCCUGUGGAGGGCAUCUGAGGAUAGAAGGAUCUUGGUCAAGACCUUAUACUUCUCCUGCCUUACGUUUCUCAUCUGUAAAAUAGAGGCAGGGGGGCUGACCCAGCCCUCCUUCCUGUGGUCUGGAGUUCUGGGAUCUUAUCCAGUGGGGCUAUGGAAGGAUGGAAGGAGAGAAGGAAGAAACAGGGCCCUCCAAGGCCUCAGGAGUAUCUGCUGGGGCAGGGUAGGGUCUGGAGGUGGGGGUAGGAUGAAGAAGAGAAUUUUGGCCUCUCUGAGGAGAGAAAGAUGGGAAGGGACAGCUGGGCCUCUCAAUAGAGAGGGAACCUUAUGUAAGCAAAAGCAAGCCAUAUGCAAAUGAGGGCUUUUGCUGGGGAGUUGGGAGGGGGGCACCGUGCAUCAGCUGGACCAGUCUAGAAGAUUGGCCGGCCCUGGGGGGAGGGGUGGGGAUCUUCUGCCCCCAGAGGCCAAGGCAGAGGCUGGUUCUUGCCCCAUAAGCCUCAGCUGCCUCGGCAGCCCUGUGGGGUGGGAGCGGCAGUGAGCUCAUGGCGCAGCUGGAGGGGGAGGGCAUUGUGAGGUGGGAGGGGCAGUGAGCUCAUGGCGCAGCUGGAGGGGGGAGGGCAUUGUGUGGUGAGAACUGGCGGGGUCUCUGCCCUGUCCUGCUCGGGCCGCUGGCUCCAUUGUCUGGAGUCCCCUGGUCCAGGUGACACAGCUGACCCAACCAGCCCUUCUAUGCCAGAUUUUGCCAGCUUCCCUCAAACAAAGGAGAGGGACAUGUGGUCUCAGAAUCCCUCAGCUGGAAGGUCCCACUGACCGGGCCUAGAACAGAUGAGAGUGGGGAGAUGUGGGAGGGAAUCAAAGGUACAGCUGAAAUCAAGGAGUGAGAACAGAUGGACCUCUUUGCCAGUGGGUGCCUUACUUCUGACCUGCCAGAAAUGGGAUGUUUCUGGGUUCUGAGGCAAAGUCGGGCCUAUGACCCGCUCGAGAUCCAGGUGUCUUACCUCCCAGCAGCAUCCUUUCCCUGUCCUCCGGGCAGGGCCCCAGGAGUCCAGUGCUUUGCCCGGGAGGUGCUGGUCCCCAAGGGGCCCCUGUACCGUGUGGCUGGCACAGCCAUCUCCAUCUCCUGCAAUGUGAGCAGCUACGAGGGCCCUGCCCAGCAGAACUUCGAGUGGUUCCUCUAUCGGCCUGAGGCCCCCGAGGCUGCUCUGGGCAUCAUCAGUACCAGGGAUACCCGGUUCUCUUACGCUGUCUUCGGGGCCCGCGUGGCGGCUGGCGAGGUGCAGGUGCAGCGUCUGCAGGGGGAUGCCGUGGUGCUCAAGAUCGCCCACCUCCAGGCCCAGGACGCCGGCGUGUACGAGUGCUACACGCCCUCCACGGAUGCCCGCUACCUGGGAAGCUACAGUGGCAAGGUGGAGCUGAGAGUUCUUCCAGAUACGCUGCAGGUGUCUGCUACCCCUCCGGGGCCCCGAGGCCGCCAGGCCCCAACCUCACCCCCUCGCCUGACAAUGCACGAGGGCCAGGAACUGGCCCUGGGCUGCCUGGCACGGACGAGCACGCAGCAGCACACGCACCUGGCGGUGUCCUUCGGGAGAGCGGUGCCUGAGGUGCCAGUAGGGCGAGCGACUCUGCAGGAAGUGGUGGGGCUCCGGCCAGACUUGGCCGUGGAGGCCGGGGCUCCCUAUGCUGAGCGGCUGGCUGCAGGGGAGCUGCGGCUGGGCAAGGAGGGAGCUGAGCGGUACCGCAUGGUGGUGGGGGGCGCCCAGGCAGAGGACGCGGGCACCUACCACUGCACAGCCGCGGAGUGGAUUCAGGAUCCCGAUGGCAGCUGGACCCAGAUUGCGGAGAAGAGAGCGGUCCUGGCCCAAGUGGACGUGCAGACGCUGUCCAGCCAGCUGGCAGUGGCAGUGGGGCCUGGGGAACGUCGGAUCGGCCCAGGGGAACACUUGGAACUGCUGUGCAAUGUGUCAGGGGCCUUGCCCCCGCCGGGCCGCCAUGCCGCGUACUCUGUGGGCUGGGAGAUGGCACCUGCGGGAGCGCCGGGGCCUGGCCGCCUGGUAGCCCAGCUGGACACAGAUGGCGUGGGCAGCCUGGGCCCUGGCUAUGAGGGCCGGCACAUUGCCAUGGAGAAGGUGGCGUCCAGAACCUACCGCCUACGGCUGGAGGCUGCCAGGCCGGGUGAUGCGGGUACCUACCGCUGCCUUGCCAAGGCCUACAUCCGAGGGUCUGGGGCUCGGCUUCGAGAAGCAGCCAGUGCCCGCUCCCGACCGCUCCCCGUGCACGUGCGGGAGGAAGGUGUGGUGCUGGAGGCCGUGGCGUGGUUGGCGGGAGGCACCGUGUACCGUGGGGAGACAGCCUCCCUGCUCUGCAACAUCUCAGUGCGGGGCGGCCCCCCAGGGCUGCGGCUGGCUGCCAGCUGGUGGGUGGAGCGGCCCGAGGAAGGGACACUGAGCUCUGGCCCUGCCCAGCUGGUGGGCAGUGUGGACCAGGACGGUGUGGUGGAGCUGGGGGUCCGGCCUGGAGGAGGCCCUGUGAGCGUGGAGCUGGUGGGGCCCCGAAGCUAUCGGCUGCGGCUGCACAGCUUGGGGCCCGAGGACAAAGGCGUGUACCACUGUGCCCCCAGUGCCUGGGUGCAGCAUGCUGACUACAGCUGGUACCAGGCGGGCAGUGCCCGCUCGGGGCCUGUCACGGUGUACCCCUACACGCACGCCCUGGACACCCUGUUCGUGCCCCUGCUGGUGGGUGCCGGGGCCGCCCUAGUCACCGGUGCCACUAUCCUGGGCACCAUCACCUGCUGCUUCAUGAAGAGACUGCGAAAACGGUGAUCCCUCCCUCCCCAGUUCUUGCAGGUGUCGACUGUCUUCCAGCCCAGCUCCAAGACCGCCUAUGGUUGCCUGGCUACCCUCUCCCUCUGUCCCCCUUUCUUUAAUUUAUUUGACCUCCCCCACCCAGAGUGGGGGACAUGGCCCCCAUCCCCCACUCCUUCCUUCCCGACUCCUCCCUCUGGCCUUCUGUUCUUGAUCUCAUGCCCAGCUGAUAGGGAGGCCAUUCCCUGUCCUAGAAUUAGUUUUUCUAAAAUGUGAAUAAACUUGUUUUAUAAAA